UGGAAAUGCGUAUAAAUACUGUAAAGAAUACGGUACAAACAGUGACCAGUUCAGCGCACAUAAGAAAACUUCCAGUGGUGGUGGUGGUUGUGAUGAAUAAAGCAAACUACAACAACAACAACGCAGAGAUGAAUGUAAUUACAAGCAACCUGCUCAAUCAAAAAAGCGACGAUUGGCUCAAGACGCAUCGGCAGCAUAUAUCAGAAUUGCAGAUUAACGUACCGUACAAAGUGUUGGGUUUCAAAUCGGUGAAAACGAAAUUUAGCAGUUUCACGCCGGUGGUCGUAGUGCAAAUGGGCUUUGAAAAACCGUUGGAAGUGUAUUUGCCACCGAGGUAUGAAAUGAGCGAAGACGAGAUAAGAAGAGGCGUCGAUCCGAAUUUGAAACUACGAUACCGUGGGAAAAUGCCAGGGACUAACGUACAUGAUAUUGUAUUUGAAUAA